AUGGCCUCCGCUUCACAAAGGAGGUCGUUCUAUGCCUUUUCUUCGUCGCGGACCCGAGAUGCCAAAGAGGGGAAGAAAGCGAAUCUCGAGACGAACUUUGAUCUAGACUCUAGGCUGGAGACAUCGGAGGAAUUCAAAAGCGAAGUGGGAUGCCGGGAACAUGCUGCCCACCACAUGGGAAGGGAGGCAUUUUACUACAGACCGCGGUUCCUGGAUUUGACUGACAGCUGGAUGCUGUGGGGGAGCUCCGACGUGGAGGAUUUGGCUCCUUGGACGUCCCAGAAGAGGCAGAUUUUCGUAGCCAACCCCACAAACGGAACGGCAAUAAGAGCUCCCCUGCCUCGUGGGGCGAACUGUCAGUUUUCGUCCGAGGCCCUCGCGACACCCAUGGCGACGAAACCCCUUUCUGCCAUCAGUGCCAUGGCUUCUUCAUGGCAACUUUGCAAGGCAGCACAUAAGCGAGACCAUCGGCUCAUCGAUGCCUCCUCUUCGGUCAAGUUUUCGUGGUGCAGUACGAGAUCGCCCCUGCCCGCGAUCAACCGUCUCGUUACCAUCUUUGACGUGGUGGCCGCUGCGGACGCUUGUGCCGCGGGUUGGUGCAAUCUCUUUUCGUCCCUGGCCUAG